CGCCGAGGCAGAGAGCUCCGGCGAGCCACAGAGCGCAGGCCGGGAGAGCCGAGCACAGCGGAGGAGAACCGCUCCAGAGUCCGCGCAGGACUGGAGCCGGCCGCCUCUUGCCAGGAUCACCGGCUUCCUUCUCCUGCCGCUUCGCGAAGAGGGCGUCGGAUCCUCACCAUCUGCCCAGCCAAGAGUGCACUCAGGCCCUCUGGGGGCCGCGCUCGCCGCUCCCGGGGUCGGCCCGGCAGCGGGGCACGCAGAGCAAGCCCGGCGAGGGCCCCAGGAGGCGGCGCGAGCGCAAGACGAGCUGCAUUGGCCGUGUGGGCGGCUGGACUUCGGCGCGGCUCCUCGAGGGUCGGAUCCCCGAGCGCGCCGAGGGUGCGACGAUGAGGGCGCGGCCGCAGGUCUGCGAGGCGCUGCUCCUCGCCCUGGCCCUGCAGACCGGCGUGUGCUAUGGCAUCAAGUGGCUGGCGCUGUCCAAGACUCCGGCGGCCUUGGCGCUGAACCAGACCCAGCACUGCAAGCAGCUGGAGGGCCUGGUGUCUGCACAGGUGCAGCUGUGCCGCAGCAACCUGGAGCUCAUGCACACCAUCGUGCACGCUGCCCGUGAGGUCACGAAGGCCUGCCGCAGGGCCUUUGCCGACAUGCGCUGGAACUGCUCAUCCAUCGAGCUCGCCCCCAACUACCUGCUCGACCUGGAGAGAGGGACCCGGGAGUCGGCCUUCGUGUAUGCGCUGUCGGCGGCCACCAUCAGCCACGCCAUCGCCCGGGCCUGCACCUCCGGUGACCUGCCCGGCUGCUCCUGCGGCCCCGUCCCAGGUGAGCCACCCGGGCCCGGGAACCGCUGGGGAGGAUGCGCGGACAACCUCAGCUACGGGCUCCUCAUGGGAGCCAAGUUUUCCGAUGCUCCUAUGAAGGUGAAAAAAACAGGAUCCCAAGCCAAUAAACUGAUGCGUCUACACAACAGUGAAGUGGGGAGACAGGCUCUGCGCGCCUCUCUGGAAAUGAAGUGUAAGUGCCACGGGGUCUCUGGCUCCUGCUCCAUCCGCACCUGCUGGAAGGGGCUGCAGGAGCUGCGGGACGUGGCCGCUGACCUCAAGACCCGCUACCUGUCGGCCACCAAGGUGGUACACAGACCCAUGGGCACCCGCAAGCACCUGGUGCCCAAGGACCUGGACAUCCGACCUGUGAAGGACUCGGAGCUCAUCUAUCUGCAGAGCUCACCUGACUUCUGCAUGAAGAAUGAGAAGGUGGGCUCCCACGGGACGCAGGACAGGCAGUGCAACAAGACCUCCAGUGGCAGCGACAGCUGUGACCUCAUGUGCUGCGGCCGUGGCUACAACCCCUACACGGACCGCGUGGUCGAGCGGUGCCACUGCAAGUACCACUGGUGCUGCUACGUCACCUGCCGCAGGUGCGAGCGUACCGUGGAGCGCUACGUCUGCAAGUGAGGCCUGGGUCCCCCGCCCAGCCCGGGAACACGGACUCCUCCGAGGCCGGCGGAUUCUUUUGCUUCUAAAUCCCAGAUGCCAGGCCUGGGAGGUGGGUCGUGCCUUGCCUCCACUUGGAAGCCACCAGGAACGGAAGGCCUGGCCACUGGAGCUGGAGGGCCGGGACAUCAAAGGAAACCAACGAGAUUAAAAAUAACCUAGCAGCCCAAGGCCCGGCGUGCAGAGUGCACACACGCUGCCUUCCAGGCGGGGUUAACAGGCCAGGGGCAUUGGUUUGCCAGACUGGGACAGACUUGACCCUUCACAGCCUGAGAAGGGGGAUCUGGCUGCCCACGCAGCCGCUGGAGACCCCCGACCCACUCCAGGGUCCGAGCCUGCUGGGCCCCACCACAUGGAACCACUAGCUUGGGUUGUAAAUGUUUUUCUGUUUUUUGUUUCUUCCUCUGGGAUGUGGGAGCUACAGACAUAUUUAUAAAGCAUAGCUUUUUC